AUGCUGGGGUCAUCGAGGGACCUCCUACGAUGUCUUGAUACUGUGUUCGGGCGCCUAGAGGACAUUUUAGACCACGAAAAUGCCCAGGACGAUCCCGACGUCGCUCUUCUCUGUGAGGCGAUCAGAGCAUUUCUCCACAAGCACGAUACCCUUCAUUCGAUAAAACAGACAAUUAACGUCAAUGACCAUCUCCUCCGUGUCUACAACACCUUCAUAGAGCCGCAUUCUGGUCUCAAGACUCAAACGUUCUUUUUGAAUGUUUUGAUUCAAUUUGUUCCCAUCUUGUUGGAGGAUGCAUCUAUGCUUUGGCUCAAGACAUAUUUACCCACGGCCUUGGACAGCGCAGGCGUCGACUUGAAGUUCACAGAAAUGAUCCAGGACCUUGUAAUCAAGCUCAGUAACUCGGAGGACGUAUAUGUCUCUUCCAAUGACACCGCUCUCGAAGCUGCAAGACGUCAACGAGCACUCAAAAUCAUGAACCACAUACUCAAUAUCUACUUGGGAAGGGCCAGUGUAUCCACUACUAUCAAGAGAGAGGAAAAUAGCCAAAUGCAGCUUGAACGACAACGUUUCAUGAGAAAAAAUUGUGCCAUCUUCCUCCUCAAAUAUGGCGCUCGACAUCCACUAGACUUGUUUGCAAUGCUCGAUGCCCAGUUUCGAUACCCCAGUGAGCGACUAGACAUUCUACUGUUUCUCUCUCAGUUCCUUGAGAGUAGCAGAAACCACAUUCUUCCCAUUUCUGGUAGCAGUUUGAUAACGAGUUUGUUCAAAUCGCUCUUGUUCGACAAUAACAUGUACAUAGCCGAAGCGGCCCUCAACUGUGCCUUCAUGGCCAUCCCCCACGUUGCAUUGCACGAGCCUUCGCAACUCUUGAUAUCUGAUCUUUUCGUGGCUUUCUUAAGACUUACCGUUUGGGGCUCCAAAGCUCAUGUUCCGCAAGUUCCAGGAACUUUCUGGGAAACCUACUCAAUCACCUGGAAUGCCGCUGAAAUCGAUGUCUCCCAUAGUCAACAGGAAUAUGUCACCCGCAAACUAGGGCGUGGCCCUUCUACAGCAAACAUACAGCAUCUUGCUACACUACUCUACGGAUUAGUGCCGUAUAAUUUCUGCAACUUUUGCAAGGAUCCCGAACUGUACAUUUCCAAGUUUCCUCCGCAAAUAACCACUGUCGCUCACUUGGACUAUAUUCUAGAUUUCACAAAAGGGAAUAAAGUGAUUCAAAAUCUCUACAACGACCAGCUUCAGGCCUUCAAAUUGCACCCCGUGUUUGUCGACUACAAGAGCCCUUCACCUACAGACCUUGAACUGGAACUUGCGAACCCUGUUGGGUGGUUCAAAGCAGAGCGAACACCAACCAGCUUGUCUCUUGCAUGCUAUAAGCUCAAUGCUGGAUUGGUGUUCGAUAUCCCAUUCAGCUGGCUGGAUGCAGAUAUCAAACUUAUCAGCAGCAAUGGAUCCAUGGCAAGCCUUGAAGAUUCUCACUUGGCGUCAAGAAAGAACUCUUCUGCUGGCUUUCUAUCGAUGACAGUGAAGGACGGACUUGCACAGAAAAUCGUUCUUGAAAACUCGCUAAGACGAAAAGCAAGCGGUGUAGAGUUCAGAGAAACCAGUUUUGAAGAAAAGCCCACCGAGGAACUGGAAAAAGUAACUUCCAAAGGUUACCUCGAAGAACUUUAUGAUACACACGAGAAGAUGUACGCUCCAAACGACCAGGGAUCACUACAAAUUCAGCGCCCAACGUCGUCAGCUACUACAUCUAUUGAAACCAAAGCUGUGCAGAGUGUGGUGAAGGCUGAAUCCAGUGAAUCCAAAGAGCAUUUAGGUUCGGUCGAUGAAGGAGGAAGAGGUUUCUACCAUCGAGAAUUGACAAUUUUAGCGAACGAACUCGAGUUCAGCAAUUACAUGAGGCAUGUUACAACAAUGCAAUACAUCGACAUGAGACUCAAAUUGAACCAGCUUCAGCGUGACACGUACAUCAAAGAGCUGUCAAAUUUGGAGGAGAUGCCCAAAGUUGUCUCUGACAAGAAGGAGUCACCAUCACAAGCGAACAACGUUGAUGUCAAGGCUCUUGUUGACCAGCUUGAAGUUCUAGGACUCGAGAAAUCUGAGCUUGAACGCAAAUUGAAGGACCUUGAAAAGACGUAUUCCUUUCUACAGAACAAUGUCGACGACACAUUUAGCAGCAUCGUUCCAAAGCGAGAGGCGGAAAUAGCUGAGUUAAAGAGACAGCUUGAAGAGAGGAAGGUCAGCGACGUACCGAAAGAAAAGCCAAUUGAGUUUGAGCCUCCUAGUGAAGACGGCACACCGGUGAACAUUGCUAGUUCAGAAAAAGAGAAGCGUAUAUUUGAGCUUCAAACUGAACUCGAAGUGUCCAAAGAUCUCAACGGCAAGCUAACAAGCGACCUUGUUGAACUCAAGCAGACGCUCGACACACAGGUGAAAAGCUAUGAAGCACGUCUCGCUACAUCGAAGCAAGCGCUCAGCGAAAGUGUUGGAAAGUAUUCCUUACAAUACGAAAAAAAGAUACAAGAGCUUUCUGCGGUUAUUCUUAGAUACGAAGGGCUCCUUGAUGAACGGAACUCGCGAAUCAAGCAGUUGUCGUCGCUGAAACCAAUCACCAUUCCAGCAACCGCCGAAGUCACCGACGCCAUACCUAUUGGAACCUACAGGGCCAAUGACAGAACAAUUGAUCCUUUUGCAUACCGACGUCACGAGCGCGGAGCCGCAGAUCUUGUGGGCGAGGGAAUAGACACUCGUGGCCAUGGAGUGCCCCGAGACCGGUCUAACUCAUCGUUGGAGUCGCAAUCAUCUGCAAGUCACCGAGACUCGUACCCUCAGCAGAAGCCUCCAACGAGUCGUUAUAACAGUUCCACAAGUGUUUUCACCCUGCCUACGACCCCCAUAAUCAAGGGACGUGGGGGAUUACAAAAGAGGUCUAAAAUGAAAAUGUAA